AUGUCUCUGAAACAGGAAAUAGAAAGUUGGGUCUCCGCCCUCGCGCGGUACGACAACAAUGAGUUCGACGAGGCAUUGAAGGAUUUCGAGCCAAUUGCCGACACAUCCAAGAUUCUCUUCAACAUGGGCGUGAUUCACGCCACCCUGGGAGAGCACGAAAAGGCCGUCGAGUGCUAUCAACGAGCGAUUCGACUGGACCAAUAUCUCGCUGUUGCGUAUUUUCAACAAGGCGUCUCAAACUUCCUUCUGGGUGAUUUCGAGGAGGCAUUGGCGAACUUCAACGACACUCUCCUCUACCUUCGCGGCAACACAAUGAUCGACUACGCGCAAUUGGGAUUACUGUUCAAGCUCUAUUCUUGCGAGGUUCUUUUCAACCGAGGUCUGUGCUAUAUUUAUCUGCAACAGAAAGACGCUGGCAUGCAAGAUUUGUCGUACGCCGUGAAGGAAAAGGUCGUGGAGGAUCACAACGUCAUCGAUGAGGCAAUCCGAGAAGAGGCAGAGGGUUACACUGUGUUCUCUAUCCCGGUUGGAGUCGUCUAUCGGCCAAACGAAGCCAAAGUCAGGAACUUGAAGACCAAGGAUUACCUUGGUAAAGCUCGUCUGGUCGCCGCUUCGGAUCGCGCAAACGCAUUCACUGGCUUCGCUGGUUCCGAAAUCAAGAAUGCUGGCAAAGCGGAUGUGAAGGACGACAGACCCGCUGACAACAUUUCUUUUGCCGCCACUAACCUCGUCAAACCUAACCUCGCCAGUAGGGCGAAGCAAGAGGGCCCUGGACAGUCGCAAGGGUCGAACAAUGUCUUCCCACCGACACCUCCUCCGGAGAAUGAUAAGCCCAGCGGGCAACUGCCUUCUCGAGGUGCAUCUGUGCGCAAUGGUCCAAAGCCCAUGCCUGCGAAACUCAACAUUGAGAGAGCGAGGAACCAAGAUAGAUACGAGAAGGCGAAUUCUCCUCAGGACAGGUAUCAGUCUCCGCAGGACAGACGGCCGCAACCAUCCCGGGCGCCUUCGAACGCCACGAGUCGCGGUUAUUCUCAGAGAGACAGGCAGCGAAGGUCUCCGGUCGACGAGGAGGAUGAUGCCUAUCCUGACGAUUUGUACGACAUGUAUGGUGCAGGAUCCCGCCGGUCAAACGGACGCCGUAAUCAGCAACGUUACAUGGACGAUGAAGACGACGACGGCAGCGACUACGACGGAGGUUCUAUUGACGAGGGCGACUUUGAGAUGAUGAACCCCCGGCGUGGAACCGGUUCUCUGUCGAACUCGGGCUCUUCACGUGCCCAAUCAAGAAGACCUGAAGCUCGCAAGGUCAGAGUCAAGGUCCACGCCGACGAUGUUCGCUACAUUAUGGUUGGAACCGCUGUUGAGUUCCCUGAUUUGGUAGAUCGGGUUCGCGACAAGUUUGGCCUGCGUCGUCGCUUCAAGAUCAAGGUCCGGGAUGAGGACUCGCCUCAGGACAUGAUUACUAUGGGCGACCAAGACGACCUCGAAAUGGUCAUGAUGGGUGUGAGGUCACAGGCCCGCAAACAGCGGCUCGAGGUUGGAAAAUUGGAGAUAUGGAUCCAGGAGAUCAACUGA